AUGCUGCGGCGCCUGUUUGAGGACAGCCAGGACCUGGUGCUACUCGAGGUGGCGGCCACGGCCCUGGGCCACCUCGUGCGCAGCGGGGGGCCCAUGAUGGCGGACGUGGUGGAGCGGCAGGUUCGCGACGCCCUGCCGUGGCUCAACCCACGGCUGGAGCCGAGCGAGGGGCGGCGCUACGCAGCGGUGCUGAUCCUGCGCGAGCUGGCGGACUGCGCGCCCGCGGUGUUUAACGUGCACGUGAAGGCGUUCAUCGACGGCGUGUGGGGCGGGCUGCGGGACCCCAAGCUCCACGUGCGGGACGCGAGCGUGCAGGCGCUGCAGAGCUCCCUGCAUCUUGCGGGAAUCUCUGGGUGUGUGCGUGUGGGCUGA